AUGGGUACAGCACCAAGCACCAUGGGUACAGCACCAAGCAUGUCUGGGUACAGCACCAAGCACCAUGGGUACAGCACCAAGCACCAUGGGCACAGCACCAAGCACUAUGGGUACAGCACCAAGCAUGUCUGGGUACAGCACCAAGCACUAUGGGUACAGCACCAAGCACCAUGGGUACAGCACAAAGCACUAUGGGUACAGCACCAAGGGCACUGCACCAAGCACCAUGGGUACAGCACCAAGCAUGUCUGGAUACAGCACCAAGCACCAUGGGCACUGCACCAAGCACCAUGGGUACAGCACCAAGCAUGUCUGGAUACAGCACCAAGCAUGUCUGGGUACAGCACCAAGCAUGUCUGGAUACAGUACCAACCACCAUGGGUACAGCACCAAGCACCAUGGGUACAGCACCAAGCACUAUGGGUACAGCACCAAGCACCAUGGGUACAGCACCAAGCAUGUCUGGAUACAGCACCAAGCACUAUGGGUACAGCACCAAGCACCAUGGGCACUGCACCAAGCACCAUGGGUACAGCACCAAGCACCAUGGGUACAGCACCAAGCAGCAUGGGUACAGCACCAAGCACCAUGGGCACAGCACCAAGCACCAUGGGUACAGCACCAAGCACUAUGGGUACAGCACCAAGCAUGUCUGGGUACAGCACCAAGCACCAUGGGCACUGCACCACGCACCAUGGGUACAGCACCAAGCACCAUGGGUACAGCACCAAGCAUGUCUGGAUACAGCACCAAGCACCAUGGGCACUGCACCAAGCACCAUGGGUACAGCACCAAGGAUGUCUGGAUACAGCACCAAGCACCAUGGGUACAGCACCAAGCAUGUCUGGGUACAGCACCAAGCAUGUCUGGAUACAGUACCAACCACCAUGGGUACAGCACCAAGAACCAUGGGUACAGCACCAAGCAUGUCUGGAUACAGCACCAAGCACCAUGGGUACAGCACCAAGCACCAUGGGCACUGCACCAAGCACCAUGGGUACAGCACCAAGCAUGUCUGGGUACAGCACCAAGCAUGUCUGGGUACAACACCAAGCAUGUCUGGGUACAGCACCAAGCAUGUCUGGGCACAGCACCAAGCACUAUGGGCACAGCAGGUAG